AAAUAUCAACAAUCCUAUUGAUAAAAAUAGACCUACUAGGAAGUUAGCUCCCAAAUAUAUUGGACCAUACAAUAUCAAAGCCAUUAUUUCUAAAACUGCAUAUAAGUUGGAAUUGCCUACUGAAUUGAAAAUCCAUCCAGUAUUCCAUAUCUCGUUAUUAAAACCUUAUAAAGAAUCAGACAAAUUUCAACGACCAAUACCACCACCAGCAAUUUAUAUUCCAGAAACAAACCAAAAUGAAUACGAAGUAGAAAUGAUUCUGGAUAAAAGAAUUAUUAGAAAGAAAACACAAUAUUUAAUUAAAUGGUUGGGUUAUCCUCUCCAUGAUGCAACAUGGGAACCUUUGGAAAAUUUGGCAAAUGCUCAAGAAAAACUCAAAGAAUUUGAAUUGACGAGGACGUCAAAUCUUAAGGAGGGGAGAAU